AUGAAGAUGAAUAGAAUGACCAAGACACUAAUCGUUGUGACAAUCAUUACCCUACUGAUAACAUCAGUAGCAGCUAGGAGAGGCGGAGGUGGAGGAAGAGGUAUCAGUGGUGGUGGUGGGAGUAGUAAAGGAGGUGGCACCCCAGCAAGAGGAGGUAGCCCUGGAAGUAAAGGUGGAGUUGGCGUUGGAGGCAGUGGUAUAGCCGGCUCUACUGUCCCGUAUGGAGCUGGAGCUGGUGGUGUUGUGCCAAGAGUAAGAGGUAAUCAUGGUAGAGCAAGUUCAGGUUGUGUCUCUGUUGCAAGGGAUGCUGCUUCCAUUUUGUUGCAUACUCUUGUAACUCUUUGCAUCUUCUUUUUGUUGUAUUAG